GGUCCCCUGCACCACGCGCCCGCGCUCCCGCGCUGUGUUCCGGGCUAUGCCUCCGCUCUGGGCCCUGCUGGCCCUCGGCUGCCUGCGGCCUGGCGUGGGUGUGAACCUCCAGCCCCAACUGGCCAGCAUGACCUUGGCCACCAACAACCCCACCCUCACCACAGUGGCCUUGGAAAAGCCACUCUGCAUGUUUGACAGCUCAGCCGCCCUUGACGGCACCUAUGAGAUCUACCUCUACGUCCUUGUCGACCUAGCGAGCUCCAGGAACGCCUCCGUGCAGGACGACAGCAGGACUCCCCUGAGCUCCACGUUCCAGCAGACAGAGGGAGGGAGGACAGGCCCCUACAAGGCUGUGGCCUUUGACCUGUCCCCCUGCAGCGACUUGCCCAGCUUGGAUGCCCUAGGGGACGUGGCCCGGGCCUCGGAAAUCCUGAAUGCGUACCUCGUCAGGGUGGGUGCCAAUGGGACCUGCCUGUCAGACCCCAACUUCCAGGGCCUCUGUAACCCGCCCUUGUCAGCAGCCACGGAAUACAGGUUCAAGUACGUCCUUGUCAACAUGUCCACGGGCUUGGUACAGGACCAGACCCUGUGGUCAGACCCCAUCCACACCAACAGGCUCACCCCAUACUCAGCGAUCGACACGUGGCCCGGCCGGAGAAGCGGAGGCAUGAUCGUCAUCACGUCCAUCUUGGGCUCCCUGCCCUUCUUCCUGCUCGUCGCCUUUGCCGGUGCCGUCGUCCUCAGCCUUUUGGACUCGGGCAGCUCGGACAGGGAAACGACACACGACUCCCAGAUCACGCAGGAGGCUGUCCCCAGGUCCCUGGGGACCUCGGAGGCUGCGUACCCAUCUGUGAACCGGGGGCCGCCGCUGGACCGGGCCGAGGCGUACAGCAGCAAGCUCCAGGACUGAACCUGGGCUCCACCCCGGGGCGGCCACACUGUCCCGGCUGGCCUC